UCAUGGUACCUGCAGGGCGUUGCAGGUACCAUGAGAUCACUGUGAUCAAUCACAGCAGGUCACAUGGCAAUUGUAAACAAUGAAUGGCAUUUAUUCAUGCCAUUUAUUGUGUGCAAUUGUGUUGCUAGCUGUGAUUGGUCACAUGAUACAGACAGGGCAAAUCACAGCCCAUCUGUGCCAUGUGAUUAGCUGUGGCCAAUCACAGCUAUACACACUGAAUGAGCCUAUAAGCAAUCAUAGUGUGCAAAAAAAAAUGAUUGCUUUUACAUCCAUAAAGGAUGUAAAAACAAUCAUU